CGCUCCCUGCCGUCGUAGCCUUCUUCUCCUACACAGAAACGCCGUCGCCUCCGGCCGAUCGAAAAACCACCGCCACACACGCCACGCGCACCCAAAUCUUUUCCCCUCAGGCGAGUUCCCAACUCGUCGAGUCGUCGGUAUAUACACCAAGAAAGCCAACGAAACACUCCUCCUCCUUCCCUCGUUCCUUCCAUCUCCAGAGAUCGAAUAAUCAAAGCUUGGCCGCCGGUUCUUGUCGUCCGUGACGGUUAGCUUGCUGCUAUCGAGGAUGGUGGCGCCGGUGGUUAUCGCGUCGGCGGGGCUGGGCAUGCUGGCGGGCGUGGCGAUGGCGAACCGGUCCCUGGGGGACGGGCUCCCGGCCGCCUCCAGGUGGGACGCGCGCCCGCGGUGCGCCACGUGCGGCGGCUCCGGCCGGGUGCAGUGCAUGUGCAACCGCUGGUCUGACGGCGACUCCGGGUGCCGGACCUGCGCCGGGUCGGGCAGGAUGCCGUGCCGCAGCUGCGGCGGGUCGGGCACCGGCAGGCCGCUCCCCGCGCGGCUCAUCGUCCAGAACCAGAAGCCGCCGCCGCCUUCCCCGGCCGACCGCGGCAGCUACAACUAAUCAUGGAGUAAUUAGGUACUCCAUCGGCAAUUUCGCGCGCUUGGUGGUGCAGGCGAAGAAAUGAAACUCCCCAAGUAUACUAUGUUGGUCCAUCCAUGUGGAUGAGAUGAUUUCAUAUGUAUAUGUCUCUACCUCAAGACUAGUACGUACUUGAGCAUAUUUUUGGUGUUGCUGUUCUUCCGUUUGCAAAUCGCACAACACAAGAAAGAAAGAAAUAGUUUGGAGAAGAAAACAUGAUUGAGAGGGGAGGGCAAGUGAUGAUCGAUGAACAGUUUUGUUGGGGAAGGUCGUAGUUAAUUGUGGAUGUAAUAUAUAUAUGUGCUUAGAUUUGUUUAUAUGGACAUAAACAUCAAUUAUUUCCAGAUAAUGAGUUCCUGUUCUUUUUA